CCGAAGCGCAGCCGCUGCCGCCGCUCCCGGGAUCCCGGACCCCGGACCCCGGGCUGCGGGGCGAUGCGCCCCUCCCGGGCGGCGGGCGCCGCGCUCCUGGUGCUGCUGGCGGCGCAGUGGCCGGCGCUCCCGGCGCUGGAGGAGAAGAGAGUGUGCCAGGGCACCAACAACAAGCUCACCCAGCUGGGCACCUUCGACGACCACUUCCUGAGCCUGCAGCGGAUGUUCAACAACUGCGAGGUGGUCCUGGGCAACCUGGAGAUCACCUACAUGCAGCGGGGCUACGACCUGUCCUUCCUGAAGACCAUCCAGGAGGUGGCCGGCUACGUCCUCAUCGCCCUCAACGUGGUGGAGAGGAUCCCGCUGGAGAACCUGCAGAUCAUCCGGGGGAACAUGCUCUUCGAGAACACGCACGCCCUGUCCGUGCUGUCCAACUACGACAGCAACAGGACCGGCCUGCGGGAGCUGCCCCUGCGGAGCCUGCAGGAGAUCCUGCAGGGUGGCGUGCGCUUCAACAACAAUCCCACGCUCUGCAACCUGGAGACCAUCCAGUGGCGCGACAUUGUGGACAGCAGCAACAUGUCGCUGGACUUCCAGAGCCCGCGCAACAGCUGCGGGACGUGUGACCCGAGCUGCCCCAACGGAAGCUGCUGGGCUGCGGGCAAGGAGAACUGCCAGCAACUGACCAAGACCAUCUGCGCCCAGCAGUGCUCCGGCCGCUGCCGCGGCAAGUCCCCGAGCGACUGCUGCCACACCCAGUGUGCCGCCGGCUGCACCGGGCCCCGGGAGAGCGACUGCCUGGUCUGCCGCCGGUUCCGCGAUGGCGCCACCUGCAAGGACACCUGCCCGCCGCUCAUGCUGUACAACCCCACCACCUACCAGAUGGACGUCAACCCCGACGGCAAAUACAGCUUCGGCGCCACCUGCGUGAAGAAGUGUCCCCGGAACUACGUGGUGACGGACCACGGCUCCUGCGUGCGCGCCUGCAGCUCCGACAGCCAGGAGGUGGAGGAGGACGGCGUCCGCAAGUGCAAGAAGUGCGAGGGGCCGUGCCGCAAAGUGUGUAACGGGAUCGGCAUCGGGGAGUUCAAAGACGCCCUGUCCAUCAACGCCACCAACAUCAGGCACUUCCAGAACUGCACCACCAUCAGCGGCGACCUGCACGUCCUGCCCGUGGCCUUCAAGGGGGACUCCUUCACCCGCACGCCGCCCCUGGACCCGCGGGAGCUGGACAUCCUGAAGACGGUGAAGGAGAUAACAGGCUCCCUGCUGAUCCAGGCCUGGCCGGAGAACAGGACCGACCUGCACGCCUUCGAGAACCUGCAGAUCAUCCGGGGCCGCACCAAGCAGCACGGCCGCUUCUCCCUCGCCGUCGUGGGGGUGGACAUCGAGUCGCUGGGGCUGCGCUCCCUCCGGGAGAUCAGCGACGGGGACGUCGUCAUCACCAACAACCCCAACCUGUGCUACGCGGACAGCGUCGCCUGGCAGCGGCUCUUCGGGACCACGAGCCAGAAAGCCAAGAUCCAGAACAACAAGGCUGGCGGCCAGUGCAAGGCCGAGGGCCGCGUCUGCCACCGGCUGUGCUCGCCCGAGGGCUGCUGGGGCCCCGGGCCCAAGGACUGCGUGGCCUGCCGGAACGUCAGCCGCUACCGGGAGUGCGUGGAGCAGUGCCACCUGCUGGAGGGCGAGCCCCGGGAGUUUGUGGAGAAUGCCGAGUGCAUCCAGUGCCACCCGGAGUGCCUGCCCCAGCCCAGGAACCUGACCUGCACCGGACACGGGCCAGACAGCUGCGUGCAGUGCGCCCACUUCAUCGACGGCCCGCACUGCGUCCAGACCUGCCCGGCCGGCGUCUUGGGCGAGAACAACACGCUGGUCUGGAAGUUCGCGGACGCCAGCCACGUGUGCCGCCUGUGCCACCCCAACUGCACCCAUGGCUGCACGGGGCCCGGCCUGGAACACUGCAUAACCGAUGGGCCCAGGAUCCCGUCCAUCGCCACGGGCGUCGUGGGCGGCCUCUUCCUGCUGCUGAUGCUGGGGAUCGGGGUGGGCCUGUUCCUGCGCCGGCGCCACAUCGUCCGCAAGCGCACGCUGCGCCGGCUGCUGCAGGAGCGGGAGCUCGUGGAGCCCCUGACCCCCAGCGGCGAGGCCCCCAACCAGGCCCUCCUGCGGAUCCUGAAGGAGACGGAGUUCAAAAAGAUCAAGGUGCUGGGCUCUGGCGCAUUCGGCACCGUGUACAAGGGACUCUGGAUCCCGGAGGGCGAGAAGGUUAAAAUCCCCGUGGCCAUCAAGGAGUUGCGGGAAGCCACGUCUCCGAAGGCCAACAAGGAGAUCCUUGACGAAGCCUACGUGAUGGCCAGUGUGGACAACCCGCACGUGUGCCGCCUGCUGGGCAUCUGCCUGACGUCCACGGUGCAGCUGGUGACGCAGCUGAUGCCCUUCGGCUGCCUGCUGGACUACGUGCGGGAGCACAAGGACAGCAUCGGCUCCCAGCACCUGCUCAACUGGUGUGUGCAGAUCGCCAAGGGCAUGAACUACCUGGAGGAGCGGCGCCUGGUGCACCGGGACCUGGCCGCCAGGAACGUGCUGGUGAAGACGCCGCAGCACGUCAAGAUCACGGACUUCGGGCUGGCCAAGCUGCUGGGUGCCGAGGAGAAGGAGUACCACGCCGAGGGCGGCAAGGUGCCCAUCAAGUGGAUGGCCCUGGAGUCCAUCCUGCACCGCAUCUACACCCACCAGAGCGACGUCUGGAGCUACGGGGUCACCGUGUGGGAGUUGAUGACCUUCGGGUCGAAGCCCUACGACGGGAUCCCGGCCAGCGAGAUCUCCACCGUGCUGGAGAAGGGGGAGCGCCUCCCGCAGCCGCCCAUCUGCACCAUCGACGUCUACAUGAUCAUGGUCAAGUGCUGGAUGAUCGAUGCGGACAGCCGCCCCAAGUUCCGCGAGUUGAUCAGCGAAUUCUCCAAGAUGGCCCGUGACCCCCAGCGCUACCUCGUCAUCCAGGGCGACGAGAGGAUGAGCCUGCCCAGCCCCACAGACUCCAACUUCUACCGCGCGCUGAUGGACGAGGAGGACAUGGAGGACGUGGUGGACGCGGACGAGUACCUGAUCCCCCAGCAGGGCUUCUUCCACAGCCCCGCCACCUCCCGCACGCCGCUGCUCAGCUCCCUGAGUGCCACCAGCAACAACUCCGCCGUGACCUGCGUCGACAGGAACGGGAGCUUCCCCCUCAAGGAGGACAGCUUCCUGCAGCGGUACAGCUCCGACCCCACGGGCGCCCUGAUCGAGGAGGACAGCCUCAGCGACGCCUUCCUGCCCGCGCCAGAGUACAUGAACCAGUCCGUCCCCAAGCGGCCGGCCGGCUCGGUGCAGAACCCCGUCUACCACAACCAGCCCCUGACGCCCGCCCCCGGCCGGGACCCGCACUACCAGAACCCGCCCAGCAGCGCCGUGGGCAACCCCGAGUAUCUCAACACCGCCCGCCCCCCCGGGGCCCCAGGGGCCCUCGACGGCCCCGCCCGCUGGCCGCAGAACGGCAGCCACCAGAUCAGCCUGGACAACCCCGACUACCAGCAGGACUUCCUGCCCAAGCAGGCCCAGCCCAACGGGCUCUCCCCGGGGCCCCCGGCCCCGCACGCAGACGCCCCGCGGGGGGCGCUGCCCAGCGGCGAGUCCAUCGGGGCCUGACGAGGAGGCGGCCACAGCCACGGCCGGCCCGCCGCCCGGCCCGCCGGCCGCUCCGUGCCCCCAACCUGCCCGCCCGGACUGGCUCGGCCGGAACCAGCAUCUCCUUAGAUGGUCUGACGGGCCCCCGCGGCCGGCAGCGCCCUGCUCCCAUGUGGCCCGCGGGUCUGGGGCUUCCCUCCGCCCUCAGGCCCUGAGGUCCCCCGAGGCACCGGGAGGGACAUUGUCCCGGGGCAGAUGUGCGCCCGGCAACGGCAGCGAGGUCUCUUUGGAGAGAACGAAAGCCGCCCCGCAGGAGGCGGGCUGCUGGGGGCCGGGGCUGGGGCGUUUUCUAUGGUCGGUACUGGUUCGGUUCUGAGUGAGCUCCUCGUAGGAGGAAGAGACAUGAGCGUCCGAAGCUCACGCUGCCCUGAGUGGACAGGGCGCCCCUGGGGCCAGAGCAAGGCCAGCUGGCAGCCGGCACGGACCAUCGGCUCUGCCCGGCCCACCCCCGCCCAGGGCCACCUGCGCCCCCCCUGACCCCAGCAGCUGACGGUACUCGGUACUCGGUACUCGGUACGGCGUGGCAGGUACGAGAGGCUGAGCCACGUUGAACCCCUCCUGAGCAGGAAGCCCCGGGGCAGACGCCUCCUCGGACUCGCUCUCCUGUCCGUGCGUCCGCGGUCCUCCCUCCCCGCCCCGGACCGGCGUCUUCCCAGGACCAGCCUGAGGACUUCCUCGUCCAUCGUCCAUUCCAUUCCCACCGGCGCCCGGGACGGACACAGCGCAGCCAGCGGGCCAGGCCGUCUGCCAGGCCGUGGGCAGCAUUCAGACCGGAGCCUUUUACUGAGACACGUUCCCUUCGGACGAGUGCGUGUCCCCCGGGCCGGCUCCGGGGAGUCCCCCGGCUGCGGGGGGUCGGGGAGAGCGCAGGUCCGGGCUGCGGAGAGCAGGCUGUGCUGGGGACCCGCUGAGUCUCCCC